GUAACGGCGACGGAGCAAGAUGAAAACUUGGCGUUCUUCUCGGAAUCUAUGCUCUGUGAUUCGGGCUCACGUUUUGUCCCUAGCGGGUUUAGAAAACCCUCUUGUACAGAAGCAGAGGAUAUUCUGUACUUCAUUAAUGCUGGUGCGGAGGCUUCCGUAGAAUCCGAAUCAAGUGUUAGCUUUGUGUCAGACCAAUUCUUUGAAGGGGGGAAUGCAUUUCAAACAAAGGAUUUUAUUGCCGAGGGUGGAGAUUUUCCCUUCUUAUAUCAGACCGCGCGAUUAGGGGACUUUACUUACUAUGUUACCAAUCUUUUUCCUGGGGAAUACUAUGUUGACCUUCAUUUUGUAGAGAUUAUAAACAUUAAUGGGCCAAAAGGGAUGAGGGUUUUCAAUGUGUUCCUUCAAGACGAAAAGGUACUUUCAGAUUUCGACAUCUUUUCUGUUGUUGGAUCCAAUAAACCUCUGCAAUUAGUUGACUCUAGGGUUUCUAUCAAAGAUGACAAAUUGCUUGUUAUAAAGUUUGAGGGUGUUAUUGGAACUCCCACAGUUAGUGGCAUUUGUAUCAGGAGAGCUCCAGAUGUUACAGGCAAUGGGGCAAAACAAGAACAUCUUACUUGUACAAAUUGUGCUGCAGAGAUAAAAUUUCCAUCAGCUCAGAAGAAAGCUAUGCGAUUGCAAUCAACAGCCAAAUUUGAGAAACAGAUAGAAGAUCUUAGUGAACAAUUGCAGCGCAAGACAAAAGAAUGCUACCAAUCCUGGAUAUCUUGGUCUGCAGCUAAUCGAGAGCUCGAGAAGGUUAGGAUGGAACUUGACAAUAAGACAUUUCAGACAUAUUCCUUGGAUAAAACUUUGGAGAAUCAGGCUUUGAAAUUGACUGAGGUGUCAAAUAAGUACGAGCAUGAUAAACAAGUAUGGUGUGUGGCAAUCAAUGAUCUACAACAAAAAGUAAAGAUUAUGAAACAAGAACAUUCUCACCUAUCACGUGAAGCCCACGAGUGUGUUACUUCAAUCCCUGACUUGAACAAAAUGGUCUUUGCAGUUCAAUCACUUGUUGACCAAUGCGAUGAUCUUAAAUUAAAGUACAAUGAAGAGCAAGCAAAGAGAAGAAAGCUCUUUAAUGAAGUUCAGGAGGCCAAAGGAAAUAUAAGAGUAUUUUGUCGGUGUCGUCCAUUGAGCAAAGCAGAGGUUUCUGCAGGGUGUUCAGUGGUGAUGGACUUUGAAUCAGCUAAGGAUGGAGAACUUGGAAUUAUAAAUGGUGGCUCUACCAAAAAGACCUUUAGGUUCGACCGUGUCUACACGCCAAAAGACGAUCAAGCGGAUGUAUAUGCCGAUGCUUCACCGAUGGUGAUUUCAGUUUUAGACGGGUACAAUGUUUGCAUUUUUGCUUAUGGGCAAACAGGAACUGGGAAAACAUUCACAAUGGAGGGUAACAAGGAGAACAGAGGAGUCAAUUACCGCACCCUCGAAGAAUUGUUUAAAAUUUCAAAGGAGAGGAGUGAUAUGUUCACCUAUGAUAUAUCUGUCAGUGUACUUGAAGUUUAUAACGAGCAGAUUAGGGACCUUUUGUCUACAUCAUCUCCAUCUUCAUCAAAGAAAUUGGAGAUUAAACAAGCUUCUGAAGGAUUUCAUCACAUACCGGGAGUAGUAGAAGCUAGAGUUGAGAAUAUUAAUGAAGUAUGGAGUGUGUUGCAGGCUGGAAGCAGUGCACGGGCUGUGGGAUCCAACAAUGUGAAUGAGCAUAGUAGCCGUUCUCACUGCAUUCUUUGCAUAAUGGUGAGAGCCAAGAACUUGGUAAAUGGCGAAUGCACAAAGAGCAAGCUUUGGCUUGUGGAUUUGGCAGGGAGUGAGAGACUAGCAAAGACUGAUGUGCAAGGUGAUCGCCUCAAGGAAGCUCAAAACAUCAACAGAUCACUUUCAGCUUUAGGAGAUGUGGUGUCGGCUUUAGCCAAUAAAAGCAGCCACAUUCCAUAUAGGAACUCGAAGCUGACACAUCUACUUCAAGAUUCAUUAGGUGGUGACUCCAAGGCAUUGAUGUUUGUACAAAUCAGUCCUUCGGACAAGGAUUUAAGUGAAACUUUGAGCUCAUUAAAUUUUGCUACCAGAGUCCGAGGGGUCGAGUUGGGACCCGUAAGGAAACAAAUCGAUACAAGUGAACUCCAAAAAAUGAAAGCAAUGCUUGACAAGGCACGCCAUGAUUCUAGGUCCAAAGAUGAGUCCCUAAAGAAGCUUGAAGACAGCUUGCGGAUCAUAGAGAGUAAGACCAGAGAGAAGGAGCAGGCUUGGAAAAGCCAACAAGAUGAAAUCAAGGAAUUGAAAGGCCAACUUGAAUCAAAGAUGUCUUUGCAUUCCCAGUCCGAAAAACAGAUCCUUCUCAUGUCUGACAGAUUAAAGGGCAGUGAAGAGAUGUGCUCUACUCUUCAACAAAAGGUCACUGAUCUGGAGAAGAAGCUGAGGGAGCAAGAACAAUUAGAUUAUGAGAACUACAAAAACAAGAUCAAGGAUCUUGAAAAGAAGCUGAAGGAACAAUUACAAGAAUCUGAGGCUCAUUCUAUCAUCCUUCAACUUAAGGUUGAUGAGCUAGAGAAGAAACUGAAAGAACAGGAAAAGAACUCAGAGGAGCUAGAGAAGAAACUGAAAGAAGAGCAGGAAAAGAACUCCACCAUACCACCACUGCAACAAGUAAAGGUGGAAGAGAAGGUGGUAAAGAAAGGGAAAAAAGAAGAGCAACCGGCAGAAGCAAUGGACGAAACAACAGACGACCACCACCACAUUCUCAAGAACUCGAACGCGGUCAACUGCCAGAAGAAGGAACUGUCUGUUCAACGGAAGCGGAUGUCGACAAACGGCGAAGCAGAGAACAGCGCCAUUCCACCAACAAGCAAAAGGAAGGAACACGAAACUCCUGUGGCACAGCAGCAUGAAGUGAGGAGGAAGAGGGUGUCGAAAAACGAGGUGGAGAACAAUGGGUUUUUGGCUACGAGCGAAAGGAGGGGCAGGAAAUCUGACCCUCCUAAACUGUUCGGUGGGGGCGUAAAACCCCCCACUCCCAAGCCAAGCUUCGUACCGUCCGCGGCAGCUCAGAGGACGUUGCAGCCCCGUGGUAGGGGAGGAGAUCCGGUCCAGGGAGUUAAGGAGAGGGGUUCCAAGAAAAGGAUCUGGUCAAGAUAAUAAUAAUAAUAAUAAUAAUCAUAAGUUUAGCCAACUCUUAUACAUUUUGGUUUUCAUUUGGCGCGGAGCAUUUGAGUUUAUAUAGUCAAUUUGAUUGAAUUGUGAUUGUUUUUAUAAAAGCUAAAAUACACGUAUAGUCCUUCAACUUUUUGAGAUGUGCACCGUUGGUCCUUCAAGUUUUAUAUUCAUAAAUAGUCCUUCAACUC